AUGAGGCCUGAAAACCAGAGCAGUGUGUCCCAGUUCCUCCUCCUGGGGCUCCCCAUCCCACCAGGGCAGCAGGGCGUGUUCUUCUUCACCCUGUUCCUAGGCAUGUACCUGACCACGGUGCUGGGCAACCUGCUCAUCAUCCUGCUCAUCAGGCUGGACUCCCGCCUGCACACGCCCAUGUACUUCUUCCUCAGCCACUUGGCCUUCUCUGACAUUUCUCUGUCCUCUGUCACUGUCCCUAAGAUGCUUAUGAACAUGCAGACUCAUCAACAAUCCAUCUCCUAUGUGGGAUGCAUCACACAGUUGUAUUUUUUCAUACAUUUUGCUGGUCUUGACAAUUUUCUUCUGGCUGUGAUGGCAUAUGACAGGUAUGUGGCCAUCUGUCAUCCCCUGCACUACACCAGCAUCAUGAGGGAGGGGCGAUGCAUGGUACUGGUGAUGGGCUCUUGGAUUACUGCCUUUGGCAAUUCCAUGUUGAACACCCUCCUGGUGGGUCGACUCAUGAGGCCUGAGAACCAGAGCAGCGUGUCCCAGUUCCUCCUCCUGGGGCUCCCCAUCCCACCAGGGCAGCAGGGCGGGUUCUUCACCCUGUUUCUGAGCAUGUACCUGACCACGGUGCUGGGCAACCUGCUCAUCAUCCUGCUCAUCAGGCUGGACUCCCGCCUGCACACGCCCAUGUACUUCUUCCUCAGCCACUUGGCCUUCUCUGAUGUUUCUCUUUCAUCUGUCACUGUGCCUAAGAUGCUCAUGAACAUGCAGACUCGGCAACAAUCCAUCUCCCAUGUGGGAUGCAUUUCUCAAUUGUAUUUUUUCAUACUUUUUGCUAGUAUUGACAAUUUUCUUCUGGCUGUGAUGGCAUAUGACAGGUACGUGGCCGUCUGUCACCCUCUACACUACACCAGCAUCAUGAGGGAGGGGCUGUGUCUGCUGCUGGUGGCUGGCUGCUGGAUUCUCUCCUGUGUCCGUGGUUUGUUGCACACCAUCCUCUUGGUUCGACUGUCCUUCUCUGCUGACAUUACCAUCCCUCACUUCUACUGUGACCUUGUUGCACUCCUGAAGGUGAGCUGCUCUGAUGUCUUCCUCAAUAAGCUGAUGAUUUUCACAGAGGCAGGAAUGCUUUUCUUCCUGGCGUUUGUUGUAAUUUUGGGGUCCUAUAUCCGUAUAGGCACCAUCAUCCUGAGGGUGCCCUCCACUAAGAGACUCCAUAAAGCAUUUUCUACCUGUGGCUCCCAUCUCUGUGUGGUGUUGUUAUACUAUAUGACAGUUGCAGGUGUUUAUUUUUUCUCCUCAUCAUGGGGUUCCAAAGACAUAAUUGCUUCAGUCAUGUAUACCGUAGUUACCCCCAUGCUGAACCCCUUCAUCUACAGCCUCAGGAACAGAGAUAUAAAACAGGCCUUAGACAUGUGUGUCCAUAAGUUUAAGUUCUUUAAGCAGCAAUCAUGA